AUGUCACGCCAUCAGUUCGACUUGGUGAUGUGCAUGAAGCUCCCCGGUACAAGCAUCGGGCGUCUCUGUGAGCGAUGUGACGGCAAGUGCCCGAGCUGCGAUUCGAACGUCCGUCCUUUGUCAAAAGUACGAAUAUGCGAUCAGUGCUCCUUUGGAGGACAGGGUAAGAAAUGUAUACUCUGCGGUAGUAUCGGAGUUAGCGAUGCCUACUACUGCUGGGAGUGCUGUAAACUCGAGAAGGACCGGGAUGGCUGUCCACGAAUAUUAAAUGUGGGAAGCAAUAAAACGGAUCGGCACUUCGACAGGAAGCUAACGGAGCGGUAA